AUGUCUUCUUCACUCCGUGUAGUGCCAUCGAAAGACUCCCGCACAGAACUCUUAGCGUGGCUCAAUGAGUUACUCCCCACCACCGCCGCCAAUGGAUCUACACUACCACGAUUACACAAAGUGGAACAAUGCGGUAAUGGCGUGCCGUACGCCGUUCUUCUUCCAUUAAUGUUGCCAGUCCAAUAUCCUCCACUCAACACACGUGCCAAAGUACCCGCCAAACACGAUUUUGAGUCGGCGGCGAAUUUGAAACUCAUCACAGACGCAUUACAGAAGAAUGGCAUUCCUCGACCGGAUGUAUUAACAGACGAUACGGAUAAACUUAUUAAAGGGGCUUAUCAGGCAAAUCUGCAAUUACUGCAAUGGUUCCGUGGACUCCACGAUGUCCUCGCCACUCAGCCAAGAUCACCGCAAUCACUGCAAUCACCACCGCAACCACUUCUCCCACCACAGCCACAACCACAACAGCGAAUAUAUAAACCAUCAAAUGAACGCGAAGAAGAAGAUGGAGAGAUGUGGAAUGUAUCGGGACUGGAGACUUCACAGCGACACCCCUCCAUACGAGAGAUGCGAGCCACAUCUCAUCACACCAACACUACUAACACUACAACUACUAUGACUACUACUAUUACUACUCGCCCAGAUGCGGGAAUGAUGAAUGGCGCUACCAUUACGCAUAUUACUGCUGGAGGAGGCAAAGGUCCGUCCGUCUCCUCCUCCGCCGGGGACCCUGCGGGCCAUUAUCAUCCUGCACACACGCCCACCAGCGGGGGCUGCACUUCAUCCGCCGCUGCACUGCCGGAGUCCACGCGGAAUAACUCCGCACGUCUGCCGGGCUCCGUCACUUCCUCCAGAGCCGUGCGGCCGUCGACGGGGGAGUUGACAUCAUCCCGCAAAGUCAACACGCGAUCGCCGCAGCAGCGCAGCAACUCCGCCCAGCGACAAGUGUCACCGUCGAGAGUAAAGACCGCCGCCUCCGCAGGAGCCACACCCACCGCUAAUGCCGCAAGAAGAGCAAACACCACAACAAGGAGAGCCACUAAUACUACUACAACUACAACAGGGGCAAUAGGACAACAACAACAACAACAGGGGUCGCGAACUUCACGGAGUCCUUUACGUGUGGGUGCAGUUUCUGCGGGUGGGAGUACACGACCGGCAACCUCCUUAUUGCGACCUCAAAAUGGUAAGAUCAAUACGACUAGCAAUAAUAAUAAUAACAAUAAUAACAAUAGUAGUAUUAAUAAUAACCCUAAUAAUAAUAAUAAGAUCAGUAGUAGUAGUAGUAGCAGUAUGAAUGGUGGAAUGUCUCAACGUGAACCCGAUACAACGUUAACGGAUCGAACAAGUGGAAGUGGAAGAAAUGGCCUUCCGACAAAUACCGGAGAUCAUGCACCCAUCAUUGCCGUCAUCACAUCUCGCCGGGAAGGCCCCGCUUCCCGUCCAGUUCUUUGCAAUAGCAGUACUAGCAGUUAUAAUAAUAACAAUAAUAAUAACACAUCUUCUCACAAUCCAAAUACCAUUCCCAAUGAUGGAAUGCGUAAAAACAGUGAAGAGGCGUCUGCUUCUGUUUGUUCGCCAAAGAUCCGUUCAAAGGGUGUACAAUACUCCAUGCGUAAUGCCACCACUCCCAAUUCCAGAUCCACAUGUGCAUCACCGAAUAUUCGCAUGCAUGGAGGGAAGGGUGGUGAACGGAAUGCCACCUCACCGGCGUUAUUAACACAAUCCAAUCCAAGUGGAAAGCGACGAACACAAUCUCCAUGCCGUGUGGGGAUGCGAUCGAAGAGUGAUGCUGAAGUUACAGUGGAAAUGCUCACAACGGUAGAGAAUGAAAGACAAUUUUAUUAUGAUAAACUGCGACAAGUGGAGUUGUUGCUAUUACCGAUUGUGGAGAGGGGGAGCUAUAGUGGAGACACACGGAGUUUGGCAUCUUCUCUCUUAGAUAUACUCUACGCCACAGAUUAA